AUGGAUGAAAUUACCCAGAUUAUUCGCGAUAUCGGUCGUCAACAAGGACAGAAUGCAUACUAUCGUACUUGCUACGCUCUACUUAAACGCCUGCAAGAAUGCAUCGACCAGACGUCUAACGAUCUGCUGCGCCAUUACCAGUCCGGUACUUUUGGUUCCCCAAACGAGGAAAUCGAGCCGGUCAACUUGAUCAUGGCCGAGCUGCGAAAUUCCGUUCAUGGCUUGAUCGAACAGGCUCAGAAUGCCCAGACAUCCUGCGAGAUGAUUUGCCCAGUGGACCCAUGCUUCUCGGCUCGGGAUGCUUUUAUCUUUUCAAAUGCGGACAAGCGCAACUUGUCAGACUUGGACGACUAA